CUUUUCUUUUCUUUUUUUCGGAGCUGGGGACCGAACCCAGGGCCUUGUGCUUGCUAGGCAAGCGCUCUACCACUGAGCUAAAUCCCCAGCCCCCCCCCCUUUUUUUUAAGGUUUAGUUUUACAUUUGAUUACAUUUGAUUCUGUAUGUAUGUGGGGGGGAGGGGUUAUGCAAGAGUGCAGGUGCCCAUAAGGCCAAGGUGUCAAAUUCUUGACGUGCCCCUCUGUGGUUGCUGGAUAUUGAACUGACGUCCCUUGUAAGAGCAGUAUAAAACUCAUAAUUGCUCAACCAUAUCUCUAGCUGAACCAUAGCUCCUUUAUAGAGUUCUGAGUAUGUGCAAUCACUCACACACACACACACACACACACACACACACACACACACACACACACACAGAGUCCCCCUCACCCCUUUUUCCCCAAGAAAUUAAGAGCAUUCAGAAGUACAAGGUUUGGGGAAGACAGUGAGGUGAUCCAGCAGGUACCAGCACUUACCUCAAGCCUGUUAACCUGAGUUGGAAACAAGUAAUUGCUGGGUGGUGGUGCGUGCGUGCCCUUAACCCCGACAUUGGGACACCACAACAAGCCAGAACUAAUAUGGUGAGACCCUGUCUCAAAAAAGCAAAGAUCUCUCAAAUAAUUAAUACAGACAUUAAAGAAGUUUAAGAAGAUCUGGACAUGGUAGGACAUGCCUUUAAUCCCAGCACUCUGGAGGCAGAAGUUUGAGGUAGAUCUCUGUGAGUUCAAUGCUAGUGCAGUGUACAUAUUGAAUUCUGAGACAGCCAGGACUCCAUAGUGAGAACCUGUCUCAAACAAAAUAAUGUGAAAGACAGGGUCUUAUUUUAUAGCGUAGACUGGCCUCGAAUUCACUACACAUCCAGGACUGGCAUUGAUCGAACUGGAGGCAGUCCUCUAGCCUCACCUUUUAAACUUUAGAAUCUAAAGUAUUUUGAGUGCAGGCAGGUGCCAGCCUUCGUCGUGAGCUCCUGACUUUUAACAUACAAAAGCCAACCUUUUCCUUUUCCCAGGACACCCAUGCCCCUUAAACUGAACAUAGAACCUGCGGCCUUUUGUAUACUAGGCAGAUGCCUUAAUGUAGACUUUCUUUUGUUUCGUUUGGCUUUCCAGACAGGGUUCUUUGGCUGUCCUGGAACUCAGUCUGUAACUGGGAACUUGGUCUGGAAUUUAUAGCUCUCCCUGCCUCUGCCUCUUGAAUGCUGGAAUCGAAGGUGUGCACCACCACCACUGCCCAGCGUAAUAUAAGCCUUUUAAGUAGAUAAAAAUCAUUACCUUCUUGAUUAAUUUAUUCUGGUAUUUUCUCUGGGGCUAUUCUUAAUUUCUUGUAAGCUAGGCAAAGGAUCUGAAGGGUUGAGUGGGUAACAUUAAGGGUUUUUGGGAGGAUUUUGUCACAGGUAAUGUGACAUAUACAUAAUAUGUGGUUAUGAAAUCAAGGACUGGCCAGAUUCACUGUCCUUGUACUUGAAGUUAUUUCUGAUCUGGAAUAUAGAGUGGAAUAAAAAUAGUGUGGUUCUAUCAGAAAAAAAACAACAACAACAACAGUUUUUGAAAACCACUUUAAAAGCAGGGUGGUGGGGUGCACGCCUGUUGUCUCAGCACUUGGAAGGCAGGGGUGGGUGAAUCUCUGUGAGCUAGAAGCCAGCCUGGUCUACAUAGUGAAUUCCAGGACAGCCAGAGCUAUAUAGUAAGAUCCUGUCUUAACAGGAAAGGAGAGGAGAGGAGGAAGGAGGGAGGGAUGGAGGGAGAGAGAGAAACCAUUUUUUCUCUCUUUAGGCCAAAAUGUACCUGGGCAUCCUUAUCGCUCUUUCUCUGCUUGCUUCCAGAAUCCCAGCUGGCUACUGCUUUGUGGAAUUCGCAGACUUGGCCACAGCCGAGAAGUGUUUGCAUAAAAUUAAUGGGAAACCCCUUCCGGGAGCCACACCUGCAAAACGUUUUAAACUGAAUUAUGCCACUUACGGGAAACAGCCAGACAACAGCCCUGAGUACUCCCUGUUUGUGGGGGACCUGACCCCAGACGUGGACGAUGGCAUGCUGUAUGAGUUCUUUGUCAAAGUCUACCCCUCCUGCCGGGGAGGCAAGGUGGUUUUGGACCAGACAGGCGUGUCUAAGGGCUAUGGCUUUGUGAAAUUCACAGAUGAGUUGGAGCAGAAGCGAGCCUUGACGGAGUGCCAGGGAGCAGUGGGACUGGGGUGCAAGCCUGUGCGGCUGAGUGUGGCCAUCCCCAAAGCGAGCCGUGUAAAGCCAGUUGAGUACAGCCAGAUGUACAGUUACAGCUACAACCAGUAUUACCAGCAGUACCAGAACUACUAUGCCCAGUGGGGCUAUGACCAGAACACUGGCAGCUACAGCUACAGCUACCCUCAGUAUGGCUAUACCCAGAGCACCAUGCAGACAUAUGAAGAGGUUGGGGAUGAUGCACUGGAAGACCCUGCGCCACAGCUGGAUGUGACUGAGGCCAACAAGGAGUUCAUGGAACAGAGUGAGGAACUGUACGAUGCACUGAUGGACUGUCACUGGCAGCCCCUGGAUACCGUGUCAUCAGAGAUCCCCGCCAUGAUGUAGCCAGGACAGAGCACAGAUGCUUUUUAUUGUGAAUCUUUUAUCUUUUUGAAAGUGAUGUAUAAUGUUUUAAUAAAUUACCAUUUCCUGAA